UUCCUUGUUGACAUUUUUUAUUAUUAUUAAUUUGCUGGUGGUGCAGUACGUUUCUCAUUUUCAGGCACAUAAUUUGGACAAAAAUCAUUUUGUAUGCCAGUUUCUGCUGUCACGCCUCUAAAGUGGAACAUCCUGUGAUUUAUGUCAAUUUAUGUUUAAACCAUGUGUUGAUGAGGCUAACGAGUCGCUGCCGCUGUUUCCAAUUCAAUUAACCUCGUCGUUAACUUUUGGCAUUCAGGUACUUUGUGCACUCUUUAGGAAAUAAUUUUAAUGACAUUUAAUUUAAUAAGAAUGCUUAUGUAUGCCAUUUCACGUUUUAUUGAAGAUCAAAUCAAAUCAAGCUUUAUUUGUCAUUGCAUGAAUACAGUGUAUUAACACAACGAAAUUCAAGGUGCCACUCCAGAUCAGUGCUUUAAAAAAAAAAAAAAAUUAAUAAAAUAUGUAACAAACAAACACCCCCCAUCCCCUACAUACAUUUCACUCUCUCUUUUCUCUCUCCCACACACACUCACCCACCCACAUAUACUGAUGCUAACGGCUAGUCCUUCAUAAACAUAACCAAGAGGAAAUGCAGAACGUGACAGUUAUAUUCCAGAAGAGGUGCAGAUUAUAAUGAAUGUUUCCUCAACAACUAUCUAUGUAAACUGUUUUUAAAAUUUAAAUUAUCAUAAUUUUUUACUUCUUCAGGCAAUUCUAUAAGGUUCUUUGAUUCCAUUUUCUUGAUAACUUUAUCACGAAAGCAGAAGUCUUUUUAAUGUCUGUUUACAUUUUGUGAAGCAUUGAAACAAACACGACACCGAUCACAGCUAUUAUUUUGGAAGUUUUGGAACCAGAUUAUUUUUAUUUUAUUUUUUUUUUGAAGGAUGUUGUGACUUUACCGGAGUUGAAUGCAUCAGUAUUCAAGUAAAGCGGCCAAACUCGCAGCUCUCUUUGACUGCUGUUAACACCUUCUAUCACAUUACUUUAUUUUGUCAGUUGCCACCUUGGAAUACAGCCCACAGAAUCACAAUGUCAGCAUUUUAAUCAGCAUUUUUUUUUUUUAUCACCGAAUGUGAUUCAAGUGCCAGAAUUUGGCUUAUUGACCCCAGAGAGACGAGCCACAGGCCUGCCAAGUUUCACGGCAUCCAGAGGACAAGAGGACUUCACGGACAUCCCGCCCUGCACACCUUAAAUCACCUCUGCCUGCCUCGGUGGGGGGGGGGACGGACGGGAACUCUCAUCCCGUCCCGUCAGCGCCAUGGUGAUGUCGCAGGGCACCUACACCUUCCUGGCGUGUUUCGCCGGCUUCUGGUUGGUCUGGGCCGUCAUCGUCAUGCUCUGCUGUUUCUGCAGCUUCCUGCAGCGCAGGCUGAAGCGCCACCACGAGGAGAGGCUGAGGGAGCAAUGUCUGCGCACUGUAGAGAUGGAGCCACUCGGCUGUCCUCCCACAGGAUACCCGCCGCCGCCUCCUCCGCCGCCGCCGCUUUCACCCCCCCCACCACCUUUACAGCUGCCUAGGGAGCCGCCACAGUUCUGCGCCCCCGAAACCCUGUCGCCGCCUCUUCCUCUGCAGGUCCCUCAUCCCAUGCCGCAAGCAAACUGGGUCAGCAUACCAGACACAGACAUAUUUGGGAAGCCGCCCUGCUAUGAGGAGGCAGUUCUGAUGGAGGAUCCUCCUCCGCCCUACAGUGAAGUAUUGGCCGACCCGCGGGGGGGCACCUACCUGAAGCCUGCCCCACUCCGAGCCGCACCACCUGCGCCCCCGCCUCUGAGGGAACACCAGGAUCCUGCUCCAGUGUUCACGUCCGAGACCAGCAAGCCUCCAGUGAGGUCUGUGUUCCCCGAGCGAGGUUACUCCUCCCUGAUACGCCUGCCGUCGUCCCAGCGCUGGGACUCCCUGGGUCAUCUCCUGUCCAACAUGGACCUGAACCACAACAACCUCAGCCCGCCGGGGGCCCGUCCUAUCCAGGCUGCCACUGCGAUGGCUACCAUGCCCCGCCGAGAGCCCAGGAUUCACCACGAUGGACUUGGGCUCAGAGGUGGAACACAAGGGCUCCAAGGAAGCAUACAAGGACUUCAAGGAGGCAUACAAGGACUCCACGGAGGCAUACAAGGACUCCAAGGAAGCAUACAUGGAGUCCAAGGAGGCAUACAAGGACUCCACGGAGGCAUACAAGGACUUCGAGGGGGGAUACAGGGGUUCCAAGGAGGGUUUCAAGGUCUUCAGGGGGUCCAUGAACUGAGGGAACUCGAGCCCAGCUGUGGCCUCCCAACAGCCUUCCCCCUGCUGGGUCGUAGCACCGCUGUCUAGUGCUUACUGGAGGAGUCUUAACUAACCACUAAUGUGGCUCAUCUCUAAAGAGCCUUUAAGCAGGGGACCUCUAAAGACAGACUUCCUGUCUGUGUGCCUCCUUUGCUGCUCCGUGUUUACGGCACUAACAUGGCCAGUAGUAGAGAUUUAAUUCCCCAAAGAGCUAAAAGAGGGUUAAAGUGCUGCCAAGGUUACCGUGCACGGCAGCUGAAUUCUCGCAAUAUCGCGCGAGAAUCGCGGGAUCACAUAUCACGAAAAUCCAUCUCUGUCAGGCUCCAACCUAUGGCGUUUGUGUCUGAACUACAGCUGACCGGUGAGGAGAUACCGGCAGCUACGGGCGUGGUUUAGGUGUGUGUGACGGCCACGACUGUUGGUUCAAAACAACAAUGGCGGACGUGAUAGACCGAUUACCUGCCAGGUUUUUUCUUUGGAAAGUGCCUGCCCUUUCCCAAACAGUUUCCAAUGACGGCUUCUCGGAUUGGUUCUGUGUUAAACCAUCUGGCGUGUCAAGUCACUGCAAAGACGCCAGGAGUUUGAGUUCCCCAUGCAGCCAUGUGGGCUUACUCAGCUGGGACUUUCAGCUCUGUGUGUGAGUAAAGGAGGAAAUCACACACCAUUUGACACCAGCGUUGUCGAGUUACAGACGCAUCCUGAUGUCACAUUAAAGCUAAUCGAGUCCCAGGUUCCUUUGAACAGCCGAGCAGAGAAAAAGGAGCAGUUACGAGCAACGGGCACGUUUCCCCACCUUUCGUUUUCAUUUCUACCUCCCCUUCUCGUGUCUUCCUCUCAUUCUCUUCAUCCCUCCCCUCCUCUCGUCUCUCUCUGUGCCGGAGCCAACCUAUUGUAGCAGUCUGCCGUUGCCAUAGCUCCCGGGAACUGUAUGUUGCCCAACAGGACCUCUCCUCUUUUAUCUGCUUUGAUUUUCUCCGAAGACUCUGUUCACAGAUAGAUACUCACAGUCCUUGAGACGAGACAAACAGUUAGAAAGGAACAUGUGGCGACCCUUCGCUUGGACUCUGCCACGGCGCUUGUGACGUCAGAGCCCGAAGGCCAGUUUUCACAGUGAGACAAAACAAAACAAAAAAAAGGUAGAGUACAACAAGCUCUCCAGAGAACCGAGUGUACUUGGUUUGUAUUUUGUAACAUGCUGCUUCGUUGUUUUCAGUGUCUUUACUACAAAUUGUCUGGGUGUGCGGGUCCUUCUUGUAGUCACAGGAUGACGUUUGCUGGGUCAUUCAUGUGGAAGAAACAUAAUUUUUCAUGUACAAAUUUAUUAUCAUUCUUUUAAAGCUUUGUCUGAAAUGCAUUUUCUCUUUGUGAAAUAAAAAAAAAACCAUCUUCA